UCGUCAUUGAUGAAAUCACGCACCAUCAAUUACUACAAUGACCACAAUCCAUAGCACGGUUUCAUGACCGUCACACGGGAGAGGAGCGCCACUAGCUAACUCUAUACCACAGCUAGCUAAAUGGUUUAACGUGUGUAUUUAGCAUAUUAUUUGAAAUUGUCCGUUAUCUUACAAGAAGAAUAGCUAACAACCAACGUGACUGAAUGACAGACUGCUUGCUAGCAGUCAUAUGAUAGCAGGUCGCAAUGCAUUCAUGAGUCAAACCAAACGACGAGAAGGGAACUGACUUUAUGAUUUGAAGCACAAUGACCACGUCAUUGCAUUGGUUUCUCAUGAAUUUGUCCUGGAUCAAGGCCACAUUGUGAGGGCAGGAAGACAGCGUUACAAAGGACCAUGAAUCUUCACCAAGUCCUUACUGGGGCCGUCAACCCAGGGGACAAUUGUUUUUCUGUAGGUAGCAUAAACAACCAACCAUUCACGGCAUAUGCCUCUGGCUGUGACGUUGUGAUUUUGGGCAGUGACUUUGAAAGGCUACAGAUCAUCCCAGGAGCGAAGCAUGGGAACAUCCAGGUGGGCUGUGUGGACAGCUCACUACAGGGAGGCCAGGUUGCAGCUUCCUAUGGAAGUAUUGUCUGUGUCUUUGAGCCGGUUCAGCUCAUGAAUCAGAAGGACAGGACAUCAGCAGAACUGAGCUACCAGUGGCAGAAGAGUGGACAGUUUGUUUUGCAGUCCAUAGUGCGUAACCUGGCCUGGGACCCCACAGGCACUCGUCUCUUAACUGGGUCCGCUAGCCUGCAGCUGUGGUCCAAUAUCAGCGAUGGUUUUGAUGAGGCAGGGGAACAGACAGACAUGACAAUUGGUGACCCUCAGUGUCCCUGGAGGUGUAUCUGGCACUGCAAAACCGCCUCCCCAAUUCAGCUCAUGAAGUUCUCUCCAGAUGGAGAAUUCUUUGCUACUGCCGGACAGGACGACUGUCUGGUCAAAGUGUGGUACGGCACGAGCAAAUGGCAGUCUGGCGUGACCAAGCUGUUCACCCCACCGGAGCACAACGCUCAGGGCGAGCUCGACUUCUCUUUUGUCUACCUGGCACACCCACGCACUGUAACAGGCUUCUCCUGGAGGAAGACCAGCAAGUACAUGCCACGGGGUUCAGUGUGCAAUGUUCUACUGACAUGCUGUAAGGACAGUGUGUGUCGCCUGUGGGCCGAGACCCUGCUUCCCAGUGACAGCUUGCUGUCCGGACACACGCUCAGUCACAUUCAUAAUAACGGACAGAGCAGCGACUCACUGAAAUCGUCAAGCAGCAAGAAGACUCCCUCUCGUAUCAAAACACAGGACAGGAAUUCCCUGGAGUUGAAUCUGCAGGAGUCGUGGAGAGCCCCCUUGAGAGGUGUGGCCCAGCCCUCCCUAACCGGCCGCCUCCCGACCCAGCAGAACAGUCACCACAACCACAAGACCAACAGCGUGCCCCAUGCCAACGCUCUCUGCCACUUCCACAUCGCUGCCAGCAUCAACCCUGCCACAGAUAUCCCCCUGCUGCCCUCUAUCACGUCGCUGUGUGGGGGAGAUGACGAGGAGCCUGGCGGGCCCUUCACCGUGCACUGGCUCAACAACAAGGAGCUGCUUCUCACCCUGGCCAUGGAGGUGUUCCUGCAGCAGCUCAGAGGCAGUGUGGAGCAGAACCACUCGGAAAACUCCCAGGAGGAGCUUGACUAUGAGGAGGUAGAGGAGGCUUCUAGGCGAGCGGCAGAGGGAGGACCCGAUGUGGCGUCCACCCAGCUGCCUGCUGCAGCGGUGGAGCACCAGGUAGAGGUGCUACUGGAGGACUGGAACAGAGGGGCAGACAUGCUGUUCAGUAUCCACCCCAUGGAUGGCUCUCUGCUGGUGUGGCAUGUGGACUGGCUGGAUGAAUACCAGCCCGGCAUGUUCCGGCAGGUCCAGGUGUCCUUUGUGUCCCGGAUUCCUGUGGCCUUCCCCACGGGCGACGCCAACUCCCUGAGCCGCAGCGUGGUCAUGUACGCCUGUAACAAGAACGUGGACCUAGCCAUCCAACAUGGCCGCCAGCGGCCUGCCGGCCUGCCACAUUCCUCGUCGGUGCUGAUUCCCUAUGGCCAGAGCAAGGCGACCUCCUACUCCAGCAGCCUCCGCCUCAGCAUCUUCACCCCCAACGUGCUCAUGAUCUCCACGCACUCCGAUGGCUCCCUCAACCAGUGGGCGGUCAGCUUCGCAGAGGAGUCGGCCUUCUCCACUGUGCUCAGCGUGUCCCACAAGUCACGCUACUGCGGCCACCGCUUCCACCUCAACGACCUGGCCUGCCACUCCCUGCUGCCCCUGUUGCUCACCACCUCACACCACAAUGCUCUGCGUACCCCUGACGUGGACAGUGUCCCCGCCCCCUUGACCACCCUUUCUCAACCCUUUGGGGGCGGGCCCAGCCGGGUGUCCCUGGGCGCUGUGUCGCAGGACCCCAACGCCAUCUAUAGCGAGCUCAUUCUGUGGAGGGUGGAUCCAGUGGGACCUCUGUCCUUCUCUGGAGGGGUGUCUGAGCUGGCCAGGAUCAACUCUCUCCACUCCUCCGCCUUCUCCAAUGUAGCCUGGCUGCCCACACUUAUCCCCAGCAACUGCCUUGGUGUCUACUGCAACUCUCCCAGUGCCUGCUUCGUGGCCAGUGACGGUCACUCGCUGAGGCUUUAUCAGGCUGUUAUUGAAGCCAAGAAACUACUCAGUGAGCUCUCCAACCCAGAUAUUUCAAAAUAUGUCGGGAAAGUUUUUAACAUCAUCAGCCAGCAAUCGACUGCUAAACCAGGUUGUAUCAUCGAGCUAGAUGCCAUUACUGACUUCCAAGGAAAGGAGACUCAGCUGCUGCAUGUGUUUGAAGAGGAUCUGAUUCUGGGCAGUGAGCGGAGAGAAGCCACUCAGGAAGCUCCCGCUAUAGAGACUGCCUCCAGCCAGCCAGGCUUCUCCGCCCGCUUCUUCCUGGUGGUGGUAGAGUUCACCAAGACUGGCAGGUCUUUCCUGCAUAUGUGGCACCUGCAACUGGCAGCUGGCCAAAUCACUAUGGACGAGACCGGCGCUCCGCCUGAAAAGGAGAAUAUGACCUCGUCGCCAAUGAACAGCUCCUUUAGCUUUGAGACGUUCAGCUCCCCCUCGGCCCAGAAGAACAAGCCUUACACGUCCAACCUGCAGAGUGCCAGUCGCCUCACCCUGGCCACUCACAGGUUGUACAGCCAGGAGCUAGCUCUUCCAGAUGGUGUUGAGGUGAUCAGUGUCACGCCCUCAGCAGGUCAUCUGAGCGCAUCCUCCCUGCAGCCGGCAGGUGGCGCUCCAUAUCUCCUGGCCACUUCCUGUUCAGACGGGAAGGUGAGGUUCUGGAGGUGCAGGGUGGCUGCAGUGGAGCCAGACACCAAGGAGCUGACGUACACCUGGGAGGAAUGGCCUCUAUUGGUGGAGGAGGGGCUGGGCAACAGCAGUGCUGUGACCGUGUCAGGCAGACCAGUCACGGUCAGCUGUUGUCACACCAGCCGCAUUGCAGUGGCCUACCGACACAACCCUAGCCCUCACCUGAGCCCUAACCACCUGAGCCCUAACCCUCAGCAGGGUGUCAGGGAACCACUGGUCCAUGUAGGGUUAUUCCAGUGUGAGUCCACAGGUGGCUCCCACUGGGUGCUAGAGCAGACCCUCGUCCUGGAUGCCUCCACUCCCACUGGUAACAACAACAAUAACAUGGAGAGUGGCGUCAAGGACCUGAAUGUGGAGAAUAAUAACCUGGACAUCUAUCUGCCCAAUGACGACUGCCUGGGGACCUCUGGUAAGAGUCUGGUCCACCUGGACUGGGUCUCCAGGGAGGACGGCUCCCACAUUCUUACUGUGGGGAUUGGUUCCAAACUCUACAUGUAUGGCCUGCUCUCUGGCAAACCUCCUGAACUGGGCCUGUCUGAGGGCCCCAGGGAGCAGAGCUCUUCCCGCCUGGUCCUCCUGCGCUCCGUGGACCUGGUCUCCUCCGUGGAAGGCUCCCUGCCCAUCCCCGUCUCCCUGUCCUGGGUGAGAGACGGCAUCCUGGUGGUGGGCAUGGACUGUGAGAUGCACGUGUACUCCCAGUGGCAACCCCCGGCCCUGGCCAAGUCCACGGCCUCGAACACCACCACCACAGACAUGGGCAGCGUGUCAUCUCUCCUGGCUGCAAUGAAACAGAGCCAUGAGGAGGGCCUGAACCCCGUUCCUCCCAAGAAGAGCUUGACCAGGUCCAUGACCAGCCUGGCCCAGAAGCUGAGUGGGAAGAGGACAGUGUACGACCUGCCUGCGGAGAUGGAGGACUACGGGCUGUUUGAGGCGGCACACCACCUGUUCCCCACCCUGCCACAGUACCACCCGGUACAGCUGCUGGAGCUCAUGGACCUGGGGAAGGUCCGGCGGGCCAAGGCCAUCCUCUCCCACCUCGUCAAAUGCAUUGCCGGGGAGAUUGUGGCCCUCAAAGACAACGGCACCAACCAAGACAAGCGUCUCCGCUCGCGCACCAUCAGCGCCGGCGGCAGCACCUCCAGAGACCCCAAGCUCUUCAGCAAGGGCGAGAGCUCGGACUACACAGAGAUUGACUCCAUCCCUCCCCUGCCCCUGUACGCGCUGCUGGCGGCCGACGAGGACUGCUCCCCCAAGCCCAAGGACAAGGUGGCCAGCUUGAGUGGAGACAGUGGCCACGGGUCCAGUCAGACGGACGCCUACGAUGAGCUCUUCCAGAGCAGCGGGGUGGGUGUGGACGACCUGGAGCAUAUGGAUAGCGACCAGGAGGACGGCGGUGCUAAGGUCAUAGACCUGUCUCAAUAUAGCCCCACCUUCUUUGGGCCAGAGCACGCCCAGGUUCUGUCCAGCCACCUGCUCCACUCCAGCCUGCCGGGCCUGACCCGCAUGGAGCAGAUGUCCCUCAUGGCCCUGGCUGACACCAUCGCCACCACAAGCACUGACAUCCGGGAGAGCCAGAGCAGGGGUAAAGGUGGAGAAACUUUGGAUGAGUGCGGUCUGAAGUUCCUGUUGGCUGUGAGGCUCCAUACGUUCCUGCUGACCACCCUGCCUCCUGCCCAUCGCGCUCAGCUGCUUCGCCAAGGUCUGUCCACAUGUCACUACGCCUGGGCCUUCCACUCCGAGGCUGAGGACGAGCUGCUCCACAUGUUACCUGCCUUGCAGAAAGGAGACCCCACCUGGCCCGAGCUCCGCGCCAUGGGCAUGGGCUGGUGGCUCAGGAGCACCAAUAAACUCCGGAGGUGUAUAGAAAAAGUCGCAAAAGCGUCUUUUCAAAGGCAGAACGAUCCUCUGGACGCCGCCAUCUUCUAUCUCGCUAUGAAAAAGAAAGCGGUGGUCUGGGGACUGUACAGGUCUCAGAAGAAUGCUAAAAUGACUACGUUCUUCAGCAACAACUUCGGUGAGGAAAGGUGGAGGAGGGCUGCCUUGAAGAACGCCUUCUCUCUGCUGGGGAAGCAGCGCUUCCAGCACUCUGCAGCCUUCUUUCUUUUGGCAGGCUCCCUCAAGGACGCUGUGGAGGUUUGCCUGGAGAAGAUGCAGGACCUGCAGCUGGCCCUGGUGAUCUCCCGGCUCUAUGAGUCCGAGUUUGAGACGUCCUCCACCUACAAACGCAUCCUGCAGAGGCACGUGCUGGGCCAAGACCGCCAGCUCCCCGCCCACCAGGACCCCUUCCUGCGUAGCACGGCUUACUGGGUGCUGGAGGACUACAGCCGGGCCCUGGAUACUCUGUUGGAGCAGCCUGCUGCCCCAAACCUAGCGUCCUCUACUCAGGCUGGCCACACAACUCAACCAGGUAGUACCUCGUCCACGUCCCUCUGUAGCCCGGAGGUCUUCAACUUCUACACCUACCUCCGCACACAUCCCUUACUGCUGCGCCGCCAUUUUGGCUCGUCUGAGAAGACCAGGGUGGGUCUGACAGCGGAGGGUCGCAUGGCAAACUCAAUCAGCCUGGUGGAGAGGAGGCUGUUCUUCACCGCAGCCUACGCUCACCUGCAGGCCGGCUGCCCCAUGCUGGCCCUGGAGGUCCUCUCCAAAAUGCCCAAAGUCGUCAAAAGAUCCAAGCUCCCCCAGGACGAUACCACCAACCCCGACCUGAGCGAGACGAAAAAGGAACAGGCGUCAGAUUUGGACUGGUCUCAGCCCGCGUUGAACGGCUUCGAGUCUGUGUCAGACAGCUUGUCCAAUAGCCAAUCGGACUCUGUGCUGAGUUUUGACUGGGGCCAGCCCUCUGUGUCGGUUCAGGAUGAAGCCCUGGAGUUGAAAUGGGACAGCGACAAGGAGGAGGAAGAGGACGAAGACGACGAACCACAGGGCUUGGCCAUGAAGAGUGCCGACAACACCAGUAGUGUCUUUCAAGACGCCAUCUCUCCAUUGACGGAGACGCUGCUGGACGAGGGUGACUUCCUCAUGCCCUCUGAGGACAUCCUGGCCGCUCAACUCAAAUUCAGCGCCUGCCUAAAGAUCCUGACCACGGAGCUGCGGACUCUGUCCACAGGUUACGAGCUGGACGGGGGGAAGCUCCGCUACCAGCUGUGCCAGUGGCUGGAGAGGGAGGUGGUGGCCCUGCAGAGGUGCUGCAGCUACAAGCCCUGCCUGCCAGAGCUGGCCCUGGGAAUGGCAGGGCCGGGUGGAGAGGAGGAGGCCCAGGCCCACCCUGGUGAGGCUCAGCGCACCCGCAGACACUGGCUACAGAGCAACCAGCCUCUCCUGCGCAUGUUCCUCAGCUACUGCAGCUUGCACGGCUCCCACGGAGGAGGCCUGGCCUCGGUGCGCAUGGAACUCAUCCUGCUGCUUCAGGAGUCUCAACAGGAUGACGGUGUCCAGUCAGCCGUCGCCCCCUACCUGCACCACGCCUCCAUUCCUCUCCUGCUGGCCUGCACUGCCAGUGCCAAGACAGUUGUGGCCAACCCCAUCGUCCAUCUGACCAACCUCACCCACGACAUCCUGCACACCAUCAACGCACUGGACUCCCCGCCACACCCAGACGUCGUCAACAACGAGAUCUAUGUGAUGCACACACUGGCAGCCUCGCUGUCCGCCUGCAUAUACCAGUGUCUCUGCGACGGCCACAACCACAGCCAUGUGAACCAGUUCACUGGGAUAGUGUACCAGAGUAUCCUCUCCUUCCAGCACCACUCGGUACGCACUGUGAGCAUGGAGGAGACUGUACUGCCCAACACCCACCCAGCACAGUGGCCAGGUAUCAGUACCCUGAUCCGCCUGUUGAACUCUGCUGGUGAGGAGAGCCAGCCAGGCCUGGCCGUGUUACUGUGUGAGAUCCUGACGGCUGUCUUCCUCAGCCUGUUUGUGCACGGCCUGGCCACUCACUCCAGCAACGAGCUGUUCCGCAUCGUGGCCCACCCGCUCAACAGCAAGCUGUGGGUGGCUGUGUUCGGAGGGGGGGCGCGUACCCCCAUCACAGAGAAGCCCAGUAAGGCCAAGUCACCUCCAGCAGCCAAUGAGGAGUUCGAUAGGAAGCCCAGGCGCUUCAAGCUGCUGUCGUCGUCACCACGCAGUGCCUCCAGAGAGGGGCCAGAGACCUCCAGCCCAACCAGCCCUGUGGUGGAGCAAGAGACCUCCAUCUUCAAAGAGCACUUUGUACCCCCGGAGCUCAGCAUCUGGGACUACUUUAUCGCAAAGCCUUUCCUCCCUCCGUCAGAGAGCAGGGUGGAGUACGACUCGGAGGAGAGCCAGGGCAGUCAGGACGAGGAUGAUGAUGAUGAAGACGAGUUUGGAGACUUUGACCCCAACUCUCCUAGCCGAGAACAUUCCAAUCCCAACUCCUACAGUUGGUGUCUGAUGCGUCUGGCCAUGGUCCAGCUGGUCCUAGGCAACCUGAAGUCAUUCUACCCCAUGGCAGGACACGACCUACUAGAUCUACCUGUGGGCUCUCCUCUGUGUCACGCGGUGCUGAAAACCCUCCAGCGUUGGGAGCAGGUGUUGCUGAAGAGGCUGGAGAUCUUCGGGGGGCCGCCCUCCAAGUACAUCUCCACACACCCUCUGGACGAGACGGCUGCCUCGGGCCCCGCCAUCCUCAGACACAAAGCCCUGUUUGAGCCCUCCAACACACCCUUCAGGUCCAGUCACCACUCUGCCCUGCCUGUGAAGAGGCUGUGGCAGUACCUGGUCAAACAGGAAGAGGUGCAGGAAACGUUCAUCCGCAAUAUUUUCACCAAGAAACGAAACCAAAACGAGUCGGUUGAGGACCUCAAUGAAAAUGACAAAUGUUCAGGGAUGGAGGAGCCUAGCUGUAACCAGAGCGAGGCAGAUCUGGGCUACCCCGGAGGCAAGGCCCGGAUCAUCCACAAGGACUCGGACAUCAUUACCGCCUUCGCCAUCAACAAGGCUAAUCGGAACUGCUUAGUCAUGGCCUCCACUCAUGACAUCCAGGAGCUGGACGUGUCCUCCAUCUUGGCCACUCAGAUUCUGACGUGGAUCGAUGACGAUACGGAGGCCGAGGCCAAAGGUGAUGACUUCCUGGUGAUCCAGGCCCGGGAUGACUUCAACACCCUCCACGGCACCACCCCCUAUACCCACAGCAGCCUAGGGACGCCCAUCAACAUGCCCUGGCUCGGGGGCCUGCAGACGGGGAGAGGCGCUGCCGUGCUCAUCAAAAGGAACAUCAACAAUGUGAGAAGGAUGACCUCCCACCCAACCUUGCCUUACUACUUAACAGGAGCGCAGGACGGAAGUGUCCGGAUGUUUGAGUGGGGCCACUCUCAGCAGAUCAUCUGCUUCCGAAGUCCAGGCAAUUCCAGAGUCACACGGAUACGAUUCAACCACCAAGGAAACAAGUUUGGUAUCGUUGACGCUGACGGAGCCCUACGUCUAUGGCAGACCAAUACGACUGGGAACACCCCUAAACCCUACCUGACAUUGCAGUGCCAUAAUAAGACGGCUCACGACUUUGUGUUCGUGGGCUCAUCCUCCCUCAUAGCCACAGCAGGGCUGUCAACAGACAACAGGAAUGUGUGUCUUUGGGAUACAUUGGUGAAUCCAAUGAACAGUCUAGUGCACGCCUUUAGUUGUCAUGAGUCGGGGGCCACAGUGCUGUCGCUGGCCCCCAGGCAGCAGCUGCUGAUCACAGGUGGCAGGAAGGGCUGGAUCAGCGUGCUGGAGCUCCCCCACAGGCACCAGCGCCAGAGCUUCCAGGCCCAUGACUCCCCCGUCAAGGCCCUGGCUGUGGACCCCACCGAGGGCAGCUUCAUCAGCGGCUCUGCCGAGGGCAACAUCAAGGUGUGGAGCCUGUCCACGCAGUGCUUACUGCAUCAGUUCCCCAACGAGCACGCUCGCCAGUCCCUGUUCCGGAAUCUGGGCACGGGCGUGAUGCAGAUCGAGGUGGGCCCGGCCAACCACAUCUUUUCGUGUGGUGCCGACGGUACCAUGAAGAUGAGGAUUCUCCCUGACCGCUUCAGCGUCAACAAUGGCAAUCUGAAGAACGACGUCAAGUUCAUCAUUUAGCUAACUAAGCACAGCCUCAGCUUGUGGUUUACGUGACCAAGACUGCCUUUGUUUGCACAAGUUACUGCAAGAUGAAUGUGGAGGGACUGUCUGUCUGCACAAGGAGAGGACACUCAAAAACGGACGCAAGCUUCCUCCUCUCACCAGUGAUCACUUUUCUAAGGCAAUCAUCAUAUUGGAAUCUUACAUGUCAAGAUGAGUCAUGUAGAGAUGAGAUGAUCUGUGCAGUGUAUGAUUUGGGAUGUCAGGUGUUUCUACAGUCCUCUGCAUCCAUUUUAAGACUGUAAAAUACUGACAUCCCUGCUUGCUUGAGUUGUUAAGGCCAGUUGAUAUAAAGCACAUUAUCGAAUCAUAAGGAAUUCGCUUUGUUUGCUCAUAAAUAAGGUAAAAUGAUAUGCAGUGCAUAGUUUAGAUCCCAGAGAGCAAGCCAAGCCUUAAGUAUAAUAUUCUGUUUCGUAUUGUUGUGGUCUAGAUUCAAAACAGUGGUGAUGUGUCCUUAUAAAUCUAACUCAUACUGGUACUGCACCCAUUUCCCCUAGGUAUUGUUGAGUGGUAUUUAGUUCUGGUUGAACCUUGUGUGCAAUUGACCAAUCAAGUGAUCUUCAUUUUAUUGAGGUACACACAUAGCUUUAAGGACCCACUUAUCAGGGAAACCCAAUAUAAUUGGUCUGUUCUUCCCCUUGAUUAUUUGAGAGAGAAUUCUGUAACUAUCAAGUAGCUUAUAGUAACACCACGUAAGCACCCUAUUCUUUAGCCAAUAAGAGAAAGAGAGCACUAAUUUCAAUGAGUGUCUUGAGUAAGAAACUUUUAUUCCAACACAGCACUUUCCUCCUCCCAUCCCCAAAUCAACCACAUGCAUAGAUAAAUCACUUAAAUUGUGGAUUUACCUUUGCUGACAUGAAAUUGACUUUACAAACUGGUUAACUAGCUUGUCAGUGAGGAUUCAUUUAGACAAGCAGCCCAAUCUUUUAUCCACUAAUUGGUCUUUUGACCAAUAUAUAGUAUAGAAAGAAUAUAUAGUAUAGAAAGAAUGUGGGUACUUGUGUGGUUUGAACAAUAGCUUUUUAUUUUUACAAAAUGCAUUGCCUUCAGGAAAUGACCUUGUAACUUAUAGAUUGAAUCUAGGCCCAUGUAUAUUGUGAUAUCUAUUAUUCCCAAUAACUUCAUCCCCUUUGCAUAUUGUGUCACAGCUGCUGUAGACAAAUCUAUAUUUGGGGUAUAAGCUGGAGAAAAGGAUUUCUUAAAAGUUAUUGCAUUCUGUAAAUAGAACAAACUACACCUCACAACUUUACUGUGAUGCUUUAUGAAGACAAUUCUGUGAAAUACCAGUAAUAUUUAUGGAUUGUGUUUAAACAAUAGUGCCUGAUCAUGAUGCAGAUAUAAGAAUCAAAGUACAUUGAUUUAUGGUUAGAGCGUUGGGCCAGUAACCGAAAGGUCGCUGUGCUCUUGAGCAAGGCACUUAACCCUAAUUUCCUCCCGGGGUGCAGUACAACUAUGGCUGUCCCUGUAAAACACAUUUCACUGCAUAGUAAUUGAAUAAAAUCUUUAAUCAAUGUGUAGGAGAUAUGUUAAUUUCCUGAUACAAAUUGCUUAGUGUAAUAUGCUAUCGCAGACAAGGGAUGAGUAUUUAACUAGAACCAUCAUAUACAAUAGGGGUUCCAUCUUUUUCUUCCUUUACACUGUGAAUAUGCUCAGAAAGCUAAUUUUAUGAAUAUGUUGAUUAAGUCAGAUUUACAAGUGUAAUAUAAUAAAGCAACUUAUUGUAAUGUA